AACAAAUUAUGGGAACAACAAUGGCGAAGAAGGCUUCAUACCUCACUAUAGUUGCUGCUGCAGCUCUCAUUCUGGUGUUGGCUCUGCAGCUGCUAGCAGAAUCCGUACAUGGUGCUCAGAUACACAACAACGCAAAAGAUAUUAUUGCGGGAAGCAGCGUGAAUGGAAGCACAUCGCAGCCGGCGAAACAUGGAUGAUUUCUCUAGCACUGAAGUGGUUUGAAGGAUACUGCAGUGCGUUUCGCUGCGGAUAGGAAAUGCUAACUACAGCAGAUUAUAGAGUCCAUGCUAAGGAAUUUCUUUCAUAAUUACUAUGAUUCAUCUAGCCAUGUUUACGUAUCAACCGAGUGUUAAAUUUUGACGUAGAUAAGAAGAUCGAGU